AUGGCCUUCGUCUACUCCCAGCUCUUCGUCACCCCGCGAAUCCCCCCCGCCGCCUCCCUCACAGGCCAAACGGCAAUCAUCACCGGCUCAAAUGUAGGCCUAGGCAAAGAAGCCGCCCGCCACCUCACCGCCCUCGGCUGCACCAAAGUCAUCCUCGCCGUGCGCAACACGACCGCCGGCGAAGACGCGCGCAAAGACAUCCUCGCUUCUACUGGUGUGCCGCCCCACACGCUGGAGGUGUGGUCUCUCGAUCUAGCGGACUAUGGGAGUGUGAAGCGCUUUGCGAAACGCGCGGAGUCAGAGCUGCAGCGGAUUGACAUCCUGCUUGAGAAUGCAGGCAUCGCGACAGACAAAUUCGCCCUCUCGGAAGGGCAUGAACGCACCGUCACCGUGAACGUCGUCUCCACCUUCCUCCUCGCUUUCCUCCUCCUGCCCAAACUGAAAGAAACGGCGAAAAAGUUCGCCGUCAAACCGCGCCUCUCAAUCGUCAGCAGCGAAGUCCACGCCUGGACGAAAUUCGCCGAGUGGAAGCAGCCCAGCAUCUUCCCCGCGCUCGACGACGAAGCAACAGCCAAUAUGCAAGAGCGCUACAUGACGAGCAAACUCCUCGAAGUCCUCGCGAUUCGGCAGUUCGCGCCCAAACUCGCCGGCACAGGAGUCAUUCUCAACUACCUCAACCCCGGACUGUGCCAUUCCGAACUCGGCCGCGACGCCGGCUGGAGUCUGUACUUGUUGAAGAUGGCGCUCGCCCGCUCGACGGAGGUGGGGAGUCGUACGCUUGUUUGCGCGGCGGUGGCGGGUGAGGAGAGUCAGGGGAAGUACAUGCAUGAUGGCAAGGUGGACGAGUCGGCGCUCAGCCCGUUUGUGCGCAGUCAGGAUGGCGAGGAGGCGGGGCGGAAGGUGUGGGGGGAGUUGAAGGGGAUUUUAGAGGGGGUGCAGAAGGGGGUUACCGAGGGGUUUUGA